GAAACCCACCAGUUUAUGCAAAAGACAGUGCAUAGUAGACAGUUUGGUGAAAGUGGCAAGAGAGAGAGCCAACUGGACUGGGAGGAGUACUUCAUGGCCAUUGCAUUUCUGUCUGGAAUGAGAAGCAAAGACCCCGUCACGCAGGUCGGAGCGUGUAUUGUCAAUCCUAAGAAAAGGAUCGUCGGAACCGGUUACAACGGGAUGCCUAACAACUGUAGCGAUACACUGCUCCCCUGGGAAAAAAAAGAUGCCGCCAGCCAACUGGGAACUAAAUAUUAUUACGGCUUGUUUCCAUGUAACGAGUGCGCCAAGAUCAUCAUCCAGUCUGGCAUCAAGACAGUGGUCUACUACUCGGACAAGAAACAUGACAAGGAGGAAGUAAAAGCCGCGAAGAUCCUGUUUGAGGCGGCUCGUGUCGAAACAAGACUAAGCCACGCCUUGACGUGUUUCGGCCCAAAGUGA